CUCUCCAUAUAAAUUUAACCUCUCAAACCAACAAAACUUUAUAUUAAAAAAAAUAUUCAAAUCUCCGUUAAAUUCCGUUAAAUUUAACAGAAUGGGUAUUUGUAAUUCCUGCGAGUCAACCCACGUCGCCACCGCAAAACUAAUUCUACAAGACGGACGGCUUCAAGAAUUUUCGUACCCCGUUAAAGUCUCGUACGUUCUUGCAAAAUUUCCGUCGUAUUUUAUUUGUAACGCCGAUGAAAUGGAGUUUGACGACGUUCUUUCCGCUAUAAACGACGACGAAUCGCUUCAACCCGGUCAGCUUUACUUUGCUUUGCCGUUAAACCGGUUAAAAUAUCCGUUGCAGCCGGAGGAAAUGGCGGCAUUGGCCGUUAAAGCUAGCUCUGCUUUGAUGAAAAGUAACGGUUUUAAUAGUGUUGAUAAAUGUGGGUCUCGCCGGAAAAUGGGGUUUUCCGGUGAUGUGAAGUCGAGUAGAAGAGUUGCUUCAUCUACCGCCGCUGGUUCCGGCAGUGGUGGUGGGCCGAGGAGAGGCGGGAGUAGAAAGUUUACAGCUAUGUUGAGUGCAAUUCCGGAGUAGCGAAGGGUAGUAUAGGAAUUAGAAGGGUAUAAGUGUAAAUAGUUGUGAUGGGAAGGGUUUAUUUUGGAAGAAUUUAUUGUAGGAUUGGACUGAUUGGUCUUCGUCAUGUGUACAUUGCUUAUUGUGACGGUCACGAAUUUAAGGGUUGUAUUACAAUUUUGUCCCUUAUGAGAUGAUGAGGUUCUUUAA